AUGCAUGAUUUAAUCUUACCAAUAGUCACAAUAUUCUUAAGUGUAUUGUCAAUUAUAAGUUGUGGAUUUGUAAUAUAUAUUUAUGGAACCUUUAGAGAAUUAAGAAAUGAUCAAUUUACUAUUAUAUUAUAGAUUAUUGUGUUCAAUCUGAUAUUUGACCUUAUACUAUUUGGCGAUUCAUUUGGAUAUUUAUUUUUGAGAAACUCUACUUUUCAGAUGAGUGAUAAACCUGUUUUGUGUUAGUCUUAGUCCUUUUUCUCUGUUUAUAGUGUUUUGUCAAGCGCUCUUUGGACUUCAAUUCUAAUUCAUAGUUUGUAUCAUUCCAUAAAAGAGAGAGAAGCAAAUCAGUAUAUGCAGUCAUAUUAUCCAGGAUUAGGCUAUGGAAUACCAUUAUUAAUAUCUAUAAUACCAAUAAUAAUUGAUGCAUAUGGUUAAUACAAUCCAAUGCCUCAAACAAAUUGUUUCUUUGAUGUCAACAACGUUAAUGUGGAACUCUAUACAAUGAUAUUCUAUAAUAUCCCUAUUUGGAUUAUGUUUUUAUAUAACCUUAUUGUUAUAAUACUGGCAAUUAGAAUUAAUAAAAAUUUCACUUAAUCCUUGUAUUCCAUAUACAUCUAUUAAGGAAUUUUGGCUGUCUGUUGGAUAAUUCCUAGUAUUGUGAACCUGUUUGGUUUUACAUCGCUUGUAUGGAAAACAAUUGAUUUUGGUUUGGGUGGUUUGAUUGGCUUUUUGAAUUCCUUUUGGUAUAGUUACACAUCAUUGGCAGAUAGAUUGUCUUUCGAAAAUGGAUAAUUGGUAUAACGCAUUAAGGAAACUACUGCUGAAUAAGAAUUAGCUAAAAUUUGA